AGUGAGAGUUUAAUAAGAUUUUAUAAAUGAGUUGAAUUGAUGAAAAUGAGGAUAGUAAGCAUGACCCUGAGGUUCAGGAACAGAGUGAAGCUAAGGAGGAACAGGAGGUGGUUGUGGUAGCCAAGCCACAGAAAGCGGCAGGGAUUGGAAUAUUUAUGUGCACUUUAACCCUUUUGGGGACAAGGCUCGGUGGAGGAAUUGUAGGGAUUCCUGGUGCUAAUAAGACGAUUGGCUAUGUCACUUUCCAAUGAAUGAUGACUGUUUAUGCAUUUAUGGGCAUGUUCUCUAUCUGGCUCUUACUCAGAGUGAGAGAAAUCACUGGGAAAGCAUCUUACCCCGACUUAGGCAUAUACUUGUACGGAAGAUGGAGCAUUUACUAUGUUAACGCUCUUAUAGGAUUAGCACAACUAGGCUUUCCUAUAAUCUUCUUCAUUGUAUUCGGAGAUGUCUCAAAGAGCUUGAUUCUCCAAAUAGACAGUGGUGCAGGAGAUUUCUGGACUUCUAGGUGGUUCACCCACAUCCUUCUAGCUUUGACUAUGCUGUAUCUAAUUCUUCAAAAAGAAAUUCAGAAUUUGAAGUAUGCUGGAUUCGCUUUGUUAGGGAUGAUUACAGUGUUUAUUGUGCUGCUGUUUCUUCAUUAUCUAAUUUCAGACCCAGAUCCUGAUCCAAGCGAGGACUUAACUGAUACUACAUUGAAUACAAAGUUCUUCUCGAGGAUACCAACAAUGAUUGCUUCUUUCUCAUUCCAGCCAUCUUUAUUCACUGCGUUCGCUUCACUAAAACACAAAACCACUGCAAACGGACUAAAGGCAGGCUGGAUAGCAAUUUGGGUUGCUUAUAUCACCUACACCAUCACUCCUCUCCUCGGUUUCGGUCUCUUCGGCGCCCAGGUCGAAUCUAAUCUCCUCAAAAACCUCUCCGGAGACUCCAGAGCACUCCCAAUAAUCCUCCAAAUUCUCUUCCUAAUAAUCGCGAUCGUUCAUAUCCCAAUAAUUUUCUUCAUCGGCAAGGAAGCUGUGUUAAUUAUUUUCGACGAAGCGACUAGAGGCAGUUACUCAAAACAGAGUGCUAGCAGAAAGGCUGAAACUAGUGAUGAAACACCUAAAUGAUCUGUUCAGAGUGAAAACAAAGAUAACCAAUCGUCUAGUCCUGAAGAGGAUCAAGAAGGAGGGAACGAAAAUGCUCCUCCUAAUCAAACUCAUGAAAACUUAAUUCAUGAAUCACAUCCUGAUGGUAAUCUUGCUGAAAUUCAGAAAGAUGAAGUAAACUCUUCGAAUCUUGGAGAGGACACAAAGCGAACGACCGGACAAGAAAAAUCAGUUAAGAUGGCGAACCCAAAGGAAUAUUUAAACAUGCACCCUGGCUUCUACUAUUUAGUUACUUCAAUAUGCUAUAUAGUAGUUGUAGUCCUGUCUAUUGUGGUGGGGGACGUAUCCGUCUUCUUCGGUAUAAUUGGAGCAACUGCAGGAUGUUGGAUCAUCAUAGCAGGGCCAGCUUCCUUCUAUAUCCUAGCUGUACACAAGCACAAGGUGCAGAUGAACACCUGGUACUUAAAACUAAGCUAUAUCCUAUCCUGGUUCUAUUGUGCUCUUGGAUUUUCCGGAAUGGUUGGCUUAAACAUUUGAGUCAUUUUGAAUGCAUAGGAAAUAUUUAAAUCGAUAAAGAUGAUGCAAUGAUUACUUGUA